GUUCGGUUGUCACACGGAAGGGAAGGAAAAAAAACAGGGUCCUCGGACGGGGAUGCGAAGCGCCGGCGAGAAGGUGGGCCCAAGGAACAACUUGUGAAUGAUGUCGCUGGAUUUUGACAGUGCAGCUUUACAGAUGCAACAUGAAGAGGACGAAUAUGAUCAAGAGGAUUAUGCUAGGGAGCAAGAGCUACAACAGCUACUGACGGACCUUCCUCAUGACAUGCUCGAAGACAGCGGAGAUCAGCUUUCUGACUACAGUGCCCCCGAAGAACAUGAGCAAGGGCAUGAACCCUGGGACCAGGAUGCCGCCCAAUGGAACGACCACCCCGUUGCAACAAACCCACCAAGUGAUUAUGGGCAGGACCAGAAUGUGUUUGUCGACCGCUUUGUGUAUGACCAAGGAAACAUCCCAAGUGAAAUGCGUGCGAGUGACUGGCCUUUCCAUCACCGUGAGGCUGAAGAUAAAAGCUUGUUGGAGAUCUCUAGCAGGGCCAGUGAAAACGGAUCUGAAGGGGCCUAUUUUGGAGAGGACUACAAAGCAGCCAGCCAUUACCCACAAAACGGGAUCUACGAUCUGCCGCCCAAUUUUCGAGCCUUCACAAAUGGCCUCCAGCAAGACUUCAGUAACCAGCAUGGCCUCGUGGCAAACUUCGUUGAUCCUCCGCAGGAACCCUUGAAGUUGCAGUACGGUGGUUCGGAAACCAACGGCCAGUCUUUAGAGCCUUACAAAGUUGUGUAUAAAGCCUACCAGAAGAGUGCUCAAAAAGCAGCCCCUAUUUCAUCAGAGGCAGCAGCGUUUGAAGAAAUGCAACAAGAAUUUCUAGCUACUGGGGAAAGUUCUUCAGAGAACAUGAAGAUUCUUCAGCUUCAGAUUCUCAAUAAAGCAAAAGAAAGAACUUUAGGAGAACUUAAUAACCAGCUGGAAGAAAGAGCACAGCAGAUUAGGUACCUGUCCCAUCAGCUUGCAAUUAUGAAAGAUGAAAAGGAUGGCAUGUAUCUUAGUCUCCAAGAAAGUCAAAAACUCUACCAAAAUAGCAAGGAAAGGGAAGUUCAGCUUGAAGGCCAAAUAAAAGCUCUUGAAAGUCAAAUUCAGACUCUGGCUGCUAAUGAGGAACAGCUGAUCAAACAAUCCAAAGUUGCAGAAGUCGCCAUGGAGAGCCUGCAACAGCAGCUCUUGGAACUGCGCCGUUCUGACGCUCUCCAGCGUGCCAGGGAGCAGCACGAGGCUAUCGUUGCCGCACUCCGGCAGAAACUGGAAGAGCAAGCUUCAUCUUUGCAGCAGAAACUGGAUGUGAAGAAUGCAUCGCUCCAGGAGCAGAUAGAAAUGUGUUGCCACCUAAAGGAGCACGUGAAGCAGCUUGAAAGAACUCUUGAAGAAAGUAAAUUAGAAAAAAACGAAAUAAUCAAUCGUCUGUCAAGAAGUCUAGAAGAAAGCCAAAACCAGUGUGCAAAUUUAUUACAAACAGGCUUAGUAACAGAGACGAAUCAGCUACGUCUGCAGCUUCAGCAAGCUCACUCUGCACAAUUAUUAGGCAAUGAGAUGAAUAAAGCUCUUCAGGAAGAGAUAAAGGAACUAAAAGAAGAAAUUGUUCUCUAUGAAUCAGCCACAAAACAUGGUGUGUUUCUCAACGAUCCAGGUGGAAAUCUGAAUGUGGAAUUAACAGAUUCAUACGUAGAUUUGGGCAUUAAGCAAAUCAACAAGAAGACAACAUUACAGAGCUGUUCAUUGAAUAAAGAAACCGAUAAAGGGCUUUCUAAAGAUGAAAUCGUUUCAGAGCUGAAGGUUGAAAUGCAGCGGUUAUUAAACAGUAACAAAUCGAAGAGGAACCGGAUUUCUCGACUGCAAAAUGACCUUGAAGAUUGUCACAAGACUAUAGAAGAACUGAAGCAGCAACUGGUAAAAUCAAACACUAAAGGGAAAAACAUGGAGAGUCCAUCUGAUUCCACAGAGUAUCAUUCCUCCGAUGAAAUGCUGAAGCUCAAAAAGGAAAACCAAGAAUUGCAACAGGAGAUUGAGAGUCAUAACGCAUGUAUUCAGGAACUUCUGGAAGGCAAAGAACAGCUAAAAAACGCAAAUCAAGACCUGUGCAAUCAGAUGAGGCAGAUGGUUCAGGAUUCUGAUCGGGAUAAACAAGAAGCCCUCGACAGGUGCGAAAGGACUUAUCGGCAACAUUAUGAAGACACAAAGAAAAAGCUCCUUGAGGAGUCUGCAGGAAAACACGUUGCGGAGAAGGAAAAACUCAUCCAUGCCUAUGAAGAGAACAUUGCUCAGUUAAAGUUGGACAUUGAUGACCUGAAUAAAGAGAUGAUUGUAGUGAAAGAAUGUUACCUUGCCGUCUGCAAGGAGAAAGAUGAGCAGGCCGCCGUUUUGAAAGCAGCAUUUGAACAAGAGCAGCAUCAGAGGGAGGAAAAGUUACUGGUGGAAAAGGAAGAUUCUUUGAACAGACUAAGGAACGAACUAGAAGAAACACACAAGAAUGUCGUGGAACUAACAAAGAACCAGUGGCAGAAGGAAAGCGAAGCUGACAUAAGGCAGCGUCUUGACAAAGAAGUGGAACUUGCCAAAAACAUUUGGGAGAAAGCACAGAAAGAGGCCCAAGAGCAGGCUUGUCAGGAAGUUGAAAAAGAAUGGCAACAAAGAUUAGCCCAGGCUUUGGAAGAGACCAAGAGGACCACGGUGGAACUCAAAGAUCACGGCAGCCAAACGGAUGAAACUCUGUGCCAAGUGAUUGCCGGGGCGGUAGAGGAACAAACGUUGUCGUUGAGGGAGGCUCUGAAAGCAAAGGAAAGGUCGUUGAGGGAGCAGGAAGCGAGCUACCACGAGAGCAUUGCCACCCAGGUGGAAGCAGCUCUGACGAAGGCUCGUGCCUUGUGGCUGCAAGAACUUACCGAUCUGGAGGAGUACAAAAACCACUUGAAGGCAGCCAAAGAAAAAUGGGAAAAGGAAUCGGAGAUCAGCACAGCAGAAAAGGUCUCAGCUGCUGAAGAGAGAUGGAAGAAGCAGCUCGAGAACAGCGAUAAAGCCCAGAGAAGGAUCAACGAACUUGAAGAGAAGGCGCUGUCCCUUCGAAGGGAGCUGGAGCUGAAGCAAGACGAGAUCCCCUCGCUUAUCGAAGCAGAGCUUGCGAAAGCUCAUUCUCAGUGGAUUAAAGAAAAGGAAGGGGAGAUGCUCAGCCUGCAAGACCAGAACGAAAAAGAGCGCCAUGCCCUUUUACAGGACCAGAAAGUUAAACUCGGCGAGAUGUUUGCAAAAGCCAAAGAAGACUUUGAAAACCAAAAGAAAGAAUUGCUGGACCAAAAAGAAGCCGAGCUGAAGACGUGCCUUGUCCGGAAGCAACAGGAAUGGGCAGUUCAGGAAGCCAAGAGACUUCAAAACGAAGUCCAUCACUACGAGGACAGGAUUCUCGUUCAGGUAGAACUUCUCUUAGAUGACCUCCACAAGGAUUUGGUCCAGUGUGCAAGUUGUGAAGGUACUUGGGAAACUAAGUGGAGCGCGUCUCCCCCUCUUCAGAUCAAUCGCCAGUUCAAAGACAAACUGGCAUUUUGUUUGCAGAAAGCCUACCGAAGCACGGUCAGUGCCAUUCUUGGAAAAGCAACGAAAAAGUGGAACCAGAAACACGAACAUCUGGGCUCCGUUUUCAAAGAUUCGGAUGACUCUUGCAUGCAGAACGGUGAAGGGGAGCCUGGAGACAAAUUCAGGCCUUCCGCGUAUAACAUUGGUCAGCAAGUCGAACUACAGCGGAUACUAAGGAAACAUCCACCUUUGGAGGAGACUGAAAGAGAUCUUGAUUGUAAAUGUAGAAAAAGAAAUAUGUCGUCGCAAGACGAGAUUUGUUUUGAGCAUUAUCGACAGCAGCUGGAAAAAAAGGAAAAAGAAUGUGAGGAUUUGAAAAAGAAAUUGGACAAAGCUUGCAGGCAUCUCCAGCUUGCUGUGAAGGAACAAAAAACAAAGUCUGAACAAGCCCAAGAGAAUGAAAAAAUUAUGAAAGCCCUCUUGGAAGAAAAUUCUGCAAUGAAGAACCAACUUGAUGAUUUGAAAUGUGUCAACAUUCCUCCCAGGUCAUCCUCAGAAGGCUGUGUCUCAAGACCUUGCUGUUCAUGCAAUGGAAAAGCUUUGGAAGAGAUGCGUUCCCAGUAUCUUAAAACAGUGAGCAAAAUUAAAAGUGACAUGCUUCGUUACAUCCAUGAAAGUAAGGAGAGAGCAGCAGAAAUUAUAAAAGCUGAAGUUUUAAGGGAACGGCAGGAGACUGCCCGAAAAAUGCGCAAAUAUUAUCUUAUUUGUCUUCAACAGCUUCUGGUGGAUAACGGCAAGCACGAAGGGGCUGAAAAGAAGAUAAUUUGCGCUGCUGGCAAGAUUGCUACAAUGGCUAAAAUAUUAGAAACUCCUGUUCGGAACUCAGCACUAAAUAAAACCCCACACUCAGUCCUACCCCAAAGCUCCAAAGCUGAAGAAUCUAAAGCGAGUUACACACAACAUUCUAAGUCAACCCCAAAGGAAAAUCAAACCCAUGAUGAAAACACGGGCAAAAAACACACACCUCGUAGCUUGCAGCCACAGCUUGAUGCCGCGAGCGAGUCGCGCCUAGUUUCUCAAACGCAGAUGGUCAGGAAAGCUUUUAAGCAACUGGACGAGUCUUCAGUUGGUGCCGCCCCUGCAGAAGCUUUCAGCAAGGAAGAACUGGGAAACAAAGAUCUACCGUGUAGGGUGGGAACAUUCCAGAAUGCUUCCUCUUACGCGUCUCAAGGAAAGCUUCAAAGUCUUCAUCCCGCCGCCGGGGAUGGUUCUGACUUUGGAACCGCUGGCGAAAAGUAUAAGUGCCUAAGCGAAAGGCCAAGAAUAACGGAGGUUGGUAGCCAGACUACUAGACAGUGGAAGGCAAAAUCUGGGGGAACCCCAGGCUUUGAAGUUCAAGAAACCCCAGUAAGAGAUGAAGAGUCUUCUGCUGACUGGAGCUUAUUAAGUGAAGCUCUUCACGUGAACAGUAGCGGCGGCUUUCAGCAUCCUGGUCAAAAAAUAUAUUCCAGGGGGGCUCUAGACUCCCAUUCAGCGCUUCCCACGACCAACACCCGUUCCCAGGUCAAAGAAGAGGCUUCUGGUUUCUCACAGCGUCUGGGCGGACGUAACGAGAAGGAACUUGCCAAGAAUCAAAACAUAAACUGCACUGAAAGCCAACUGACUGUGAGUUCAAGUUGUAUUCCCAAGUUUGCACACUUGGACGCCGUAGGUCCUGCUAGGGCCCAUCCGAACAACGCUGUGCUGUGUUCUGCAGCAGGAAAAAACUAUCAUUCGCUACAAUCAAGGAGACAUAUACACAGGGUGAUGGAUUGUCAACAAGACAGUGGCUUUGACAGCCCACAGAUCAACUUUGAUUAGUCCUCAACAUCGGAAAACUCUCCGAGAAGAGAUACUUAAAUAUAUUUAAAUGAAAGGUGUGGAGAAAGCCUGUUGUGAUGGUGUUAUGAGUGUUUUUGUUUAUUUCUUUUGUAUUUGGGCUGUUACAUUAACAGUCUAGUUAUGAAUACCUACGUGUGAGUUCAGCCUCUUAGAUAGCUGGCUUUAUUGUUGUAGUUUUGCCUCUCUGUAUGUAUGUGUUGGUGUGUGUGUGUGUUUUCCUUUAUAUGGCGCGGGAUAAUAUUGAAUUGUGUUGCAGGGAACUAAUCUAUUUUUACACUCAAGAUUAGUGUGCGGUCCAAUGUCAUUUUUACAUUUUAUUUAUAUAAAAAUAAAGCAAAUACUUCGUGGGCCAAA